CUGCUAUGCAAACAGCUGCAAUAGUUCCUGUCUGGCUUUCGUCUGCCACUCAACCAGCAGAUGAGGUGCUUGUCUAUGCUCUGUUGGACUCUGAGUGACACAACGUUUGUGCUCAGCGAAGUAGCAGAUGCUCUGGAUGCAGAGAAAGAACAACUGAAGUUGAAGCUCUCAACUAUGGCUCCAAGAACCACUGUAGUUCAGUCUCAGAGUGAGAAACCUUCAAGUUCGAGGCUUUUACUCAGGCAAAAGGAUUACUUUUCCUCCAACCUACACACAUGACUUUAUUCCCGCUAACAGAACUCACAUAUCCAUGAAAGAAACAGCUGAGGCUUGGCCCCAUUUAGAGCAACUUCAAGAACACAUAGUGCCUCUGCAGAGCUGUGAAGUAGGUCUGCUCAUUGGCUACAAUUGCUCACAAGCCUUACUCCCACGAGAAGUCGUGUCCGGUCAAGCAAAUCAGCCUUAUGCUCAACGUACUGACCUGGGGUGGAGUAUAGUCGGCCAUGGGAAUCCUUGUGUAGAGUUCGGAGAUGCUAUUGGAAUCAGUCAUCGCAUAGUAGUGAUGCAAGUCACACCAAGUGUUGAUUCUUCUGUUAACUUGAAAGCUGAAGUUCACUAUGUCAACAGAUGCAAAGUCAAAGAGAUUACCCAUCCAGACAUCAUCAAGGUCCUGGAGUCAGACUUCUCAGAAAGAACAGGAGAAGACGACCUGGUGUCUCAAGAUGAUCUUAAGUUCUUGUCCAAAUUGAGAGAAAACAUGUCUCAAAGAGACGAUGGUCACCUUGAAAUGCCAUUACCGUUUAAGGAUGAAAGACCAAAGCUGCCUGACAACAGGAUAUGUGCAGUACACCGCUUGAAAUGUCUUGAAAGGAAGCUAAGAAGGAAUGAAACAUACUACAAGGACUAUGUGAAUUUCAUGCAUGACAUUAUCUCUCGUGGUGAUGCGGAGAAAAUCCCUGAAGAAGAAACUGAAAGCGGUCCGGCCUGGUAUAUUCCGCAUCACGGAGUACAUCAUCCCCAGAAACCCGGAAAAAUCCGCAUCGUAUUCGACUGCUCCGCUAAGUUUCAAGGCGAGUGUCUCAAUGACCAUCUGCUUACUAGACCUGACCUUAUGAACACACUGGUGGGUGUCCUUUGCAGAUUCUGUAAAGAUCUUGUUGCAGUCAUGUGCAACAUCAAAAGGAUGUUUCACCAGUUUUAUGUGAAAGCUGAAGACCAGGAUUACCUACGAUUCCUAUGGUGGGAGAGUGGUAACCUGGAGGCUACACCAUCAACCUACCAUAUGAGAGUCCACCUGUUUGGAGUGGCCUUAUCCCCUGGCUGUGCCAACUUUGGCUUAAAACACCUGGCAGCUCAAGGGCAAGGACUAUAUGGUGAAGACACCAUCCGCUUCAUUCAGAGGAAUUUCUAUGUAGAUGAUGGGCUCGUAAGUGUUCCCACGGAAUGGGAAGCCAUUCAGCUCGUCAAGGAAGCCAGAGAGCUUUGUGGCACUAGUAAGCUCAGACUUCACAAGUUCGUCUCUAAUAGCGACAACGUGAUGAUGUCCAUCCCAGAGGAGGACCGUGCUGCAAUCAAAGAUCAAGGCCUGGCUCUCCGUCUACCACAUAUGGAGAGAGCUCUUGGAGUAGAAUGGUGCAUUACAUCUGACUCAUUCAAAUUCAGAGUUCAAGUCAAGUCUAAUCCAUCUACAAGGAGAGGUGUGCUCUUAAUGGUAGCCUCCAUGUAUGAUCCAUUCGGGUUCAUGGCCCCCUUCGUUCUUCUAGGGAAGCAAAUUCUCCAGCACAUGUGCAGAGAGAAGAUCGGAUGGGAUGAGGAACUUCCGGAAAGCCUGAGAUCUCAGUGGGAGUCAUGGAUUAAAGACCUACCUAACCUAUCUGACAUGGAAAUAAAGAGAUGCUACUUACCUUCUCAAUUUGGCCCUGUGAAAGAGUACGAACUCCACCACUUCUGUGACGCAAGCACCACAGAAUAUGGUGUAUGUACUUACCUGCGAGCUGUGAGUGAGUCCAACGAAGUUCAUUGUAGCUUGGUGAUGGGAAAAUCAAGAGUCUCCCCCACUAAAGUCAUGACGAUACCGAGAUUGGAACUCUCAGCAGCCGUAGUUUCAGUCAGAGUUAGUGACCUGCUCCGAAACGAGCUGGAGCUCCAAGAUCCAAAGGAGUACUUUUGGAUAGAUUCUACCGUAGUUCUCGGCUACAUAAACAAUGAUGCCAAGAGAUUCCACGUGUUCGUAGCAAACCGAAUACAGAGAAUCAAGUCAAGCACAAACCCUGAACAGUGGGCUUACGUUGCCUCUGAGGAAAAUCCGGCAGACCAUGCAUCUCGAGGGUUGACUGCAGAGCAACUUAAGAACUCCAAUUGGUUCUCAGGUCCACAGUUUCUUUGGCAGCAAGAACUACCUCACAGAGAAAGCAAGGUGGGAGAAGUUAAGGAUGGUGACCCUGAGCUUCGGAAGGCCCUGAUAUUCAAUACAAAGGCAAAGGAAGACAGGUCAUUACUGGACCACCUUGAAAAGUUUUCUGAUUGGUCAAGGGUAGUACAAGCAGUUGCCAGACUGAAGAGACUGAUCCAAGAACAUAAAGGUCUGAAAGAGAGAACCAAUGAGAGUACAAGUUUAGGGUGAGAAAGGUCAGAUUGUUAGUUAGUGACACAUCAUUUGACACAAAGGGUAAACCUACAAUUAAAACAAUUUUUCUUGACAGACCAAUACACAAGGUUAUUACUUUGAUUGAAGCAGAUCAGAAUGCUUAAUGUUUGAUUUAACAUUUCAUGUUUAAUAGUAGCCCUGCAAUGACCUGGCGACUUGUCCAGGGUGUACCCCGCCUUUCGCCCGCAGUCAGCUGGGAUAGGCUCCAGCUUGCCUGCGACCCUGUAGAAGGAUAAAGCGGCUAGAGAUAAUGAGAUGAGAUGUUUAAUAGUAGCCCUGCGAUGACCUGGCGACUUGUCCAGGGUGUACCCCGCCUUUCGCCCGUAGUCAGCUGGGAUAGGCUCCAGCUUGCCUGCGACCCUGUAGAAGGAUAAAGCGGCUAGAGAUAAUGAGAUGAGAUGUUUAAUAGUUGACUUGCAACAGUUUAUCAGGGAAAUCCCACAUUAAGGUUGAUGUGAUUUGGUGGGAGUGUAACGGUUGCAAGCAUGUACAUCAGUGUUUUGUGUGCAAAGGGUAUUUUUGAGAAUUAAUAUUUAUUUUAUUUGGGUAUAUGUGGGUAUUUACCUGAGUUGAAAACGGGACUUCUAUUUUGAAACGUGACCUCGGCUGUGUGUGUGUGUGUGUGUGUGAGAGACGUAAGCUUCUCAAAGUUGGACAUUAAGACGUUUUACACAAGUUUAUGACUAAAAGAACUGAAGAUAUCAAGCCUAACUUUCUCUCAUUGUGCACGCAGCCGAGUUUUGAAGAUUGUUGAAGAUUAAACCCGUCAAAGAAAACCCCUGCGUCUUCGUGCUUUGGGAGGGAGUUAUAACCUAGCUUACUGAAAAACAGUACAACACAGAUUGUUCCCUAAAUAAUUAUUGAAACAUUGCAUCCAAUGGUUGUAUUAAAGCCAGGGUUGUAAAUAUUCCUAUUUUAUGGACUUGUUCUUGGAUGUCCCUAAAUGCAUACUUUCAAUAAUGCAUCAGCUAUAAACAACAGUCAAUGAUUAUUUAUAUAAAUGUCAUGUACAGUAAAUGUCUAUCUUUAUGAGAUAAGUAUAUCUGUUUUUAUACAUGUUCAGUUACAGAGACUUGUGGAAUCUAUGGCAUGAUGCAUUUAAGCUUUCUGACAGCUCAUGGUAGGAGAGAGUGGGGAGAUUUGGGAAAGUUUGUAUUCCCAUAAAUGAAUUUUAACCAAUCAGAUUUUAGAUUACAAGAGAAGUUGGAUGUUACCCCUGAGAGUAACCUACUUAUUUUGGAGCCACGAAGCCAGACAUUGCAGCUUUGUCCAGUGACAAAGCGAUUGGCUGCCAUUUUGCCAAGUUACUCGAGGAAAGUAAGUUCAGUUGCACCAGUUCUCCCAGAGUGUGAGCCGAGGGUUGUUGGUAAAACCCAGGACAGAAUGGGACGUGACAUCCCGCUCAGGCAGUUAUCGCUCAGGCAGUUACCUCCCCGUGGUUGUUGCUAAAACUGCUGACAUUCUGUUCCGUCCUGGGUUUUAGUAAUUGCCUGAGCUGAGCAGUAAUGGCAGAGUAUGCAAUAUGGAGAAAAUGGAGAAUGAGUGGAGCAGCCAUCUGAUUUCGCCACUGGAUAUUGCUGCCAUCUUGCCCUUACGUGGAAGAAGCGAAUUAAUGGAGAACUGAAUGAACAACUGAAAGUCAGAUUGUUUCAAAACAAUCGGCCACAAGAUCGGCCUUUGAGAAGCAAGAACACAGAUGGAGAUGUACCCCUCCAAUCAUUUCAGUGUUCAUGGCGGCUGAAAUCGACAAGUUUCCCAUUGAAGAACCACUUGAAGAUGAGGUCCAUGUUGGACUCUCUGGACACCCUACAUGGCAGAACAAUGCUCUCACCCACCAUGGCAUCCAUACUCAGUGGAGGAACUAUAAUUUUAGUUGGUUCUGUUAACCCCUUCAAUGCCCUUGGACGAGUCAUGUACGUCAUGAAAUCUUUUACCACUGUGCCUUAUGACAGAAGAAUGUUUUCGGCAUUGACUGUAAUUCAUAUGUGCCACUGUGAAGUAAAAGUAAUGUGCCAUGUAAGGUACAUAAAAGGUGUUUAUGACUAGUAGCGUACGUCAUAAGGCACAGCGGUAAAAUAUUUCAUGAUGUACAUGACUCAUCCAAGGGCAUUGAAGGGGUUAAAAGGAUUUUUUUUUUUUUCCUUAAAUCUAACCUUGCAUUUUUGUUCUGACAUGUUGGCUUUUUGACUCAUAACAGGUUAAUAUAAAUCAUGAUUUAACUUUUCGAAUACGUCUACAGUCUGAAAGAGAAGUCAUAUCACACUAGUAAUAACCUCAACCCAUCAUAAGUCUCAGGUGGGGUAAAUGUAAAAAAAAAAAAAACGAUGGUGAACCUUUUCUUUUAACAUCAUGUAGAAUCUCAGAGCAAGAUUAAUGACUGAUGGUCUGAUUUUGUCUGUGAAUACUGAUGUGUAAUUAUUUGCAUGCCUAGUAACAAUGACUAAUCAAGAGAUGCUUUACAAGGGCCUGCAGGUGGCUGAAUCCUGAUCACUUGAUGAUCUCAUUUCAGUUCUGGCUUUAUAAUAAGUAGAGAAAUGUGUGGGGGGGUGUGGGGGGUUGAACUUGUGUCUACAUUUGGCUGGUCCUCACAAGGAAAAACUGUCUUUUUUUUUUUUUCAUGGCAGCUUUCUAAAACUAAAAGAGCUCAAUGUUUCAUUUGUGGUUAAUGAUGUUAAUAUAAAGUUUGUUUAGAUUUUGGUUUAGCAUAGCUUUAUAACAUUAGCUGCAUUAAUAAAUACUAGUGCUGUCAAGCGAUUAAAAUAUUUAAUCGCGAUUAAUGUCGCGACUGUCAUAGUUAACUCGCGAUUAAUCGCAAUUUAAUUGCACAUUUUUGUCACAUGAAAAACCAUGUAAUUCUCUUAUCAGCAUAAAAAAGUGAAUGGGCUUGCUCACCGUUCGAACUACGGGGGUACUCGGGGGAUCCGAGAUCCCCUGAAACAGACAUGAGAUCCCUUGAAAACAUGAUUUGGGAAAUGUUGGGGGGUCUCUAAAAUAUUGGCAAAAUGAUGUUUAUUGACAUAGCAAUCGUGUGUAACGGGAAGCAUUUGCAUAUCCGAAGUGAGCGCGCGAUGGAGAUCCACGCUCUGAGACAAGCACAAGCACCCCCCCAAGGGAAAAAAAGGGACCCCCAGAAAAUAUCGGCAUAGUUCGAACACUGGUUGUACCAAUGUUUUUUUUUUUUUUUUUUUUUUUUUUAUUGCAGAGCAUAACACGUCUUGUCACAGCCACUGCAAAGUGGGGCUGGAGCCGCCGAUGGGAAAACAAAACCUAAGCCGAGCACCGUGGCUCUUCGGGGGAGGGCAGAGGACUCUGGCUGUGCGGGGCGUGGCAUUACAGUCUAGCUGCUAUCGUUAGUCUCUGUUCCAAGUUCCUGGCAGUUUCAAAAGCUUAUGAAAAACCUACAUGUCACAGAUCGUUAAUCUCGCGAUAAAAAAAUUAUCGCCGUUAAAAUUGAGUCAAGUUAACGUGUUAAUAACGCGACAUUUUUGACAGCACUAAUAAAUACACUAUAUGGCCAAAUGUUUGUGGACACCUGACAAUCACAUCCUAAUAUGGGCCUUCCCCAAAAUAUUGCCACAAAUUUGGAAGUACACAAUUGUACAGGUUGUCUUUGUAUACUGUAGUUUUACAAUUUCCCUUCUCUGGAACUAAGAGGCCCAAACAUGUUCCAGCAGGAUAAUGCUUCUCUGCACAAAGUGAGGUCCAUAAAGAGAUGGUUUGCUAAUGUUGGGGCUGAAGAAAUUAAGCGUCCUGCACAGAGCCCUGAACUUAUCCUCACUGAACACCUUUGGGAUGAAUUGGAAUGCCGACUGCAUUCCAGGCCUCCUCACCCAAUAUCAGUGUAUGAUCUCUCUAAUACUCUUGUGGGUGAAUGAGCAAAUCCUUACAGCCACGUUCCAAAAUCUAGUGGAAAGCCAUUCCCAUAAGGCUUAUUUCACAGCAUGGUCAUGUGUCCACAAACUUUUGGUUAUAAAGUGUGAAGGUCAAUGGAAGGUCUUCAUUUUUAAGAACACUGCACUCAGUGAGGACAUUCUGAAGUUUGUAGUAAAAUCUAGAUUAUAAAUCCUUCCCACGAAACUCAAUCUCUCAGUCUGGAUUUCUACGACUCAGCCCCUCAGUGCCUACACCACACCACAGAACCUCUACCCCACAUUCAUAAUGGCUGUUCUGCUUGUAAGUUGACUAUGGUCAAUUUAGAGUCACCAGUUAACCUAACCUGCAUGUCUUUGGACUGUGGGGGAAACCGGAGCACCCGGAGGAAACCCACGCGGACACGGGGAGAACAUGCAAACUCCGCACAGAAAGGCCCUCGCCGGCCAUGGGGCUCGAACCCGGACCUUCUUCCUGUGAGGCGACAGCGCUAACCACUACACCACUGUGCUGCCCAGAGACAAAACAUCAAAAAGAAAAUCCAGAAAAUAACUUCAUAUACCGGUAAAAGAUAUAAACUGAUUUGCACUUCUUUGAGUGAAAUAAGUAUUUGAACUCUCUAGCAAACAAGACUUAGUAUUUGGUGGCAAAACCCUUGUUGGCAAGCACAACAGUCAGACGUUUCUUGUAGUUGAUGACCAGGUUUACACACAUGUCCAGAGGAAUUUUGAUCCACUCCUCUUUGCAGAUCAUCUCUAGAUCAUUAAGGUUUUGAGGCUGUCGCUUCGCAACUCGGAGCUUCAGCUCCCUCCAUAGGUUUUCUAUGGGAUUAAGGUCCGGAGACUGGCUAGGCCACUCCAUGACCUUAAUGUGCUUCUUCUUGAGCCACUCCUUUGUUGCCUUGGCUGUAUGUUUUGGGUCAUUGUCAUGCUGGAAGACCCAUCCAUGACCCAUUUUCAAUGUCCUGGCAGAGGAAAGGAGGUUGUCACUCAGGAUUUUACGGUAUAUGGCUGCGUCCAUUCUUCUGUUAAUGCAGUGAAGUAGUCCUGUGCCCUUAGCAGAGAAACACCCCCAAAGCAUAAUAUUUCCACCUCCAUACUUGACACUGGGGAUGGUGUUCUUCGGGUCGUAGUCAGCAUUUUUCUUCCUCCAAACACAGCGAGUUGAGUUAAUGCCAAAGAGCUCGAUUUUGGUCUCAUCUGACCACAGCACCUUCUCCCAGUCACUCUCAGAAUCAUUCAGGUGUUCAUUGCCAAACUUCAGACGGGCCUGCACAUGUGCCUUCUUGAGCAGGGGGACCUUGGGGGCACUGCAGGAUUUUAAUCCAUUACGGCGUAAUGUGUUACCAAUGGUUUCCUUGGUGAUUGUGGUCCCAGCUGCCUUAAGAUCAUUAACAAGCUCCUCCCAUGUAGUUCUAAGCUGAUCUCUCACCUUUCUCUGAUCAUUGAUACCCCACGAGGUGAGAUCUUGCGUGGGGCCCCAGACCGAGGUCAAGUGAUGGUCAUUUUGUAUUUCUUCCAUUUUCGAACUAUUGCACCAACAGUUGUCUCCUUCUCACCCAGCUUCUUCCUUAUGGUUUUGUAGCCCAGUCCAGCCUUGUGCAGCUCUACAAUCUUGUCCCUGACAUCCUUAGACAGCUCUUUGGUCUUGCCCAUGUUGGAGAGGUUGGAGUCUGAUUGAUUGAUCUGAUUCUGUGGACAGGUGUCUUUUUUUUAUACAGGUGUCAAUUUAAGACAGCUGUCUUUAAUGCACGUAACGAGUUGAUUAGGAGUGUCUAACUGGUCUGUGGGAGCCAGAACUCUUAAUGGUUGGUAGGGGAUCAAAUAUUUAUUUCACUCAACAAAAUGCAAAUCAAUUUAUAUAUUUUAUAAAAUGUGAUUUUCUGGAUUUUCUUUUUGAUAUUCUAUCUCUCACUGUUAAAAUAAACCUACCCUUAAAAUUAUAGACUGUUCAUAUCUUUGCCAAUGGGCAAACUUACAAAAUCAGCAAGGGAUCAAAUUAUUUCCUCCACUAUAUUUCUUACUUUUACCAUAUAUUUUUAUUGAUAUGGCUUUGGUCUAUAGCUAUCAAAGGCCUCGGCCUUAAAACUGGUUAUCGCUGUGAUGUCACGCACUCAGGGCUGGCUGGCUCAGCGGGGCAGCUCGAAUGCCAACUUUCGGUCGAUUUUAACUCUCAAAAAUAUAUAUUAUUUGAUAUAUUUAAUUAUAUAUUAUUUUAUAUAUUAUAUAAAUUUAAUAUAUAUUAAAUUUAUUUAAAAAUAAAGGUUUUGCGUAUAUCCUUUAAAUGCUGAAUAAACAUCCUUCUGAUGGCACAUUUUGAAAGUGGAAGCACUAAUUAAUUAUUUGUAAACAAAGGACUGUACACAUAGCAUGUCACAGCAAAACAGUAAACCUCAUAACAAAAGAAAUAUCAAUGUAUUUGUACAUUUUUCUGUGAAAAUGUAUAAGCAUUCUCAUGUCAAACCUGCUAUGUUCAACCUCUGUAACAAUGAUUCAUUAACUUUUGCAAAUCUUUCUGCUAAUACACUAAAUGUUGUGUGCUACUAUUUUUACCCGUUAUUACUCUCAAUAUGGACCAUGUUUUAACUGUAGGGUGAUGUAUUUUUCUGUAUUCUGUAUCUCUGUGUCCAAUAUUUCUGUUUUGCUUAGUGGAUGUGUGUGUGUGUGUGUGUGUGUGUGUGUGUGCGUGCGCGCUGUUAUCAGUCAACGAGGAGCAAACUGUUUACCAAUAUCAAGGCUCUAACACUGCUGACUGAACUUGAUCACAAAUCCCUUGUCAUUUUAAAAGCUCUGAUUUUCUGUUUCCUGAUAAAAGACUGAACGAGUUUGAAAGUGCAACCGUGGUGGCUCUGUACUGCUGUCAGUGUUCCUUUGAUUAACAUGUCUGAGGCAGCUGCACAUGGAAUAUGGGGCAGCUGUUGUGAGAACUAAUGUUCUAUUGGUACAAUUUUAAUUUGAAUAAUGCCACAUUGAUGAAUUCCCAUUUCUUAUUUAAAUGUAAAAAAUUGUAUACACCAUAUACAAACCAAAAAGAAA